AGAGCGUCGGCGCCGCGACGGCAGGAGCACGCAGACGCAUCUGGACCGGCGUCGGUGACGUAGAAACGUGAAGCGAGAGGCGAACGCGGGAUCCGAAGGCGUGCACAGCCUCCGCCGUUUUGGCGUCCGAAACGCUCGUGUCGUCCGCGGAGAUCUAGGCGCGCUCCCGAACGCGUUCCCGAGAUCAGCGCGCGAGAAAUCCGCUUAUCGUUGCGCGAGAUAAGCGGUUACCGCGUCCACGCGUGGCGCGGAGUAAUCGCUCGAAGCGCCUCAUCGAUCCUCUGGCGAGUAUCGACGAGUAACAGGCGGGUCCAGCCAGCCUCCCGUUCCGCGACGCCGACCGCUCGAGCGCCGCGCAAAUCGGAGCGUCCGAACGAUCGAAGAGCGAUGACGUGCCGUAAAGUAAUCGCGAACCACCUGUGAACCGACUCGGAAACGCCAAGACGCGGACGGUCUUUCAACACUACGGAAUGUGCAUCCGCGUCUGUGAUCUCGGUACGACUGUGCGACGCUGUUUGCAAAAUGUACGACGGAUUGUAAUUGUGUAAUCGGUGCUACGCUGGUGCGAGCGCGGAAUAUCAAAAGCGAGCGACGGACGUUGUAAUCGGGAAGAGCGAGCUGACUCGUUCGGGACAGAUUGAUGACUAAUUGGAAGAUCAAGAAUAACGGACAUGAAGUACUUGAAAGUCGCGUUGUUCAUAUUCAAUCUAUUAAUAUGGCUGGCUGGCUGCACGGUGCUCGUUAUAGGCGUGUGGCUGCUCCUGGAGUCCAGCAAGGGCCACAUCCUCAAUCUUUUCGUGUCUGACGUCAAGCCGUACGAGACUAUUAAUCUGAUAGCUUACAGCCUCCUCGGGCUCGGCUCCAUCGUGUUCGCGGUCGGCCUCUUCGGCUGCCGCGCCGCGCUACGCGGAAAUCAAUGCAUCCUCGCCACCUACAUGAGCAUGCUGGUCGCGCUCAUCGUCACGGAACUGGUGACGGCCGCAAUCGGCGGGUUGAUGACUUUCCAGAUACUGUCCGAUCUGGAGGACAGGCUCGCCGACAAACUGGCGAUGGAGUACGGGCACGACGCGACCAGCGAUAUCCCGUUCAGCAAUAGUCUAGACUUCGCGCAGUACAAGUUUAAUUGCUGCGGAAUAUACGGCGAUGACGAUUACAAUGGCACGGCUUGGUGGAGGGACGAUCAAAUCUCGGGGAGCAAGAAGCAGGUUCCCCUCACGUGUUGUGUUCUCAAAAACAGCGAGAACAAAAAUACGGGCAGCCCGAUGAGCGUUGUUACGCGGGUGUUUCACAAAAAUAACGAGAAGCCGUGGUUGCAUCCGAUGCCAAAGGAUGAGGCCGCGUGUCAAGUACAAGAUGAAGAGGGUCACGAGGGCUACAGGCAUAAAGAGGGCUGCCUUGGAAAAGUCACCAACUGGCUGCAAUGCGAGAGCUUCACGUUGGUGUUUCUCGGCAUGGCAAUGGCGGGAAUACAGACAUUCGGAAUAAUAACGUCCGCUUUCCUCUGCCGGACGAUAAGGGACAUGCAGGAAGAAUGAUCCAGGGUUCGUAGUCUCCAUGAAGUAAAGAGAAUGUCGUGGCACGUUCAGUCUUUACAUUGACAACUUUGGCAGAAGAGGUAUAGUCAUUUCGUAUUCUUCGUGCGUCGCAACUUGGGAAGAUCUCCGAAAUUCGUUUCGGUCGUGUGAGUCGGGACAAUGAUCGGGAGUCGCAGUGAAGGAAUAUACCGCGGAGAAGAAUAUGGAUAUCUAUUCUGUUCCACAAGGUGUCUGUUCAUUGAGAACUAUCUUAACUUCGAAAAUACUGGACUCUGAAAAUAAGAACAAUAAGUGCUACGCUUACGUUUAAGUCGAUUUCCACCUCUGUGCGCAUUUUGCUGCCAAUCAGCAAUAAUGUGACCAACACACCCCCGCUGUACAUAUAUAACAUAUGCAUCUGUGUCGUGUUCAAUCUAGCUAUUACUAAGAAAUAGCGGUGUUACGACGGUAUCGCCGGUGUCUCGCGACGAUCUUCACCGGAGUUUGGCUAGCAACGCGAAUUGUCAUCCCGUGGCGUCUUGUAAAUACAGUUGCCAGUGCCAAGAAGGAUGGAUAUACAUUAGGGUGCCGUGGAAAAAAUUCGAAAACAAAAUUUUGAUCAAGAGUAAAUAAGGACCACCCUAAUAUACAUAUAUGCGCUGUGUGCGUGAGAACUUUCGAGUUGUUUUCUUCUUUGUGGAAAAUUUACCUGAUUGGAGACGUAAAAUCAUUUUUCGCACAAAGUUGUACACGGACUUUUGAAGAGAUAUCAUAAUUUUUAACGACUAACAGGUUUAUGUGAAUAUACUUAGGGGAGACUGAGGCUGAUUGAUAUAUUCUACUAACAGACUGCUGAGCAAUGUUUUGGUAGUCUAGUAAGAAAAUACGUUAAAAUCAUGUAACACUGAUCCACUUUGACUGACGUCAGUUUUCAAGAUCUGUUUAACUAGCCUAGAUUCUUAGCUGUAAAUCGAGCUAAAGAAAAGGUUUCGUUUACUUACUAACAUAUCAUUAAAUUUUUACUUACAUGUAUUUCUACUUAGCCUAAUAAUAUAUGUUCGAGGUAGCGCCAAAAAAUAAUCUCUGUGUUUCGACAAUUUCAAAAUAAAUUACAGGUUUUAAUCAAUCCCAGCUUCUCCUAAUAACAAAUCGUGUGCGGUAGAUCUUUAUAGACACUUGUCAUCCAUUUCGAAAUGGAUGAUGCACGUAUACAUAUAUACAUACAUAUAUAUACAUAUACAUAUAUUGGUGUAUAAAAAUACAUUAUGUAUACUUUAAGGGAACGCUUUCCACUCUCCGAUAAUAAUUUUUGAAGAAUGUAUUAUUAUAACUUGUGCCAAAAGAGUGACACAAAUUUUAAUAUAUUUUUAUUUUCUCAAAACACUUGGCAAAACGAAAGUUCUGCGUUUAUAGAACGCACUUUAAUGAUAAUAAAGAUGUUGUUCUCUGUGUAAA